AUGAACUUUCAAUCAAAUUGGUGGCUUCUAAUAGGCACCGUAUUGAGUCAAGUUUGGUUGCUCUCUGCACUUCCCAAGAAAAAAACCUCCUUAAAGCAACGAUGGAGACAGGAAUCGAGGCCAGCCGACAGUGAAAGAGUUAAAAAGGUAGGCAACUUCACGCUGGGAAAGGCACAUAAGAACUUACGGUAAUUAAAUUUCCUUCAAUUCACCGUGAAAAAAAAAAAAAAAAUCUUGGGAAGUUAGCAUGGGAACAACAUUGAAAAAGGUUUUUUAAUUUUAUUAUUUGAUGCCGUGUAAGUUACCAUAUCAGUGGAUAUAUGGUAAAAUUAAAAACUGGGACCAGUCACCAGCUACACUUCAGAGGCGUCGUUACCAAUAAAGGAGGAUUAAUAUUAGAGCGAUGUAAUUCUGCUAGUUGUAUGACUCUCAUUGAAGCCCAAUAUAGGUCAACUGUUCUGUCUAACACUGAAAUUGUUUUAGGUUAAAGCUGCAUCGGCAUCCUUUGCCGUCGAUAUCUAUAUUGUUUAUGUACAGUCACAAUAAUACUUACUAAUUGUGUUUCGAAAUCAAAACAAAUUUACAGAAAUAAUAAUUUACCAGCGUUUGUACUUGGCUUAAACAUUUCCGUGAUCCCAGUUAUAUAUUAAAGAGCAAUAAAGGGCUGAAGGAUUAAAUAGUUCUGACAGAAGAAUAUUAUGGUUAAAUCUUACAAAGAGGUGUGUAUUUAAUUAUUCGAUGAAUGAAAAAAAACAUCACUGAUGGGUAAUUAUAUAGCAAUAUUUUCUUCUCAAUCUAGUUAAAGCUAAUGUGGAUCAACCAGUAAAGAUUUGCUUUGGAAGUGAAGCUAUAUUUCGGUCAUAUCUAUUGAGCCCUUGCUUUUCAAAUCACUUUUCUGAAGGCGUCAGUGAUUCCACCAAAGGAACACUAACUGCACUUUAUAGGUCAACUAUAUAACUGCAACACCAGUUCUUAUACAUCAUUUUUUAUGCAGUCUGUCGUGGUUGUAAUUUUAAUCUCGUUCUUCGAAUUGUUAGUGAAGGAGACAACUUGUUUUGCCAGUUUUCUUAGAAAAAUGUCCCAAAAUAAACAACAUAGCUUAUAAUCAGAUUUAUUUUCAUACAGGGCCUGCUGCCAUUUCCACAGCUGGAUUCCGAUGAAAUGCCAUCAGUUGCUGACAGUGGAGCACAGAGAGCCCAACCGCGCAUGCUUGCCCCAGGAUAUUAUUCUCAAGAAUGUAAUGCUCACAAACGUUGUGACCAGGGUAAUCCAAUAAUUAUAUGUGCUAGGUUUACUCAGAAUCAUUGUACUCUUUUUUGUUCGUUUGUUUUUUAAGAGGUCUUAACUAUAGCUUGUGCCUGUCUCUGACAGUAACAUGGUGAAAGGAUAUUAGGAAACGCGUGAUUUCAUUCUUGGAGCCUGGAACAGUCUAAAGAGGUCCUAAAGUUUGCUGAAUGUUGUUAAUUAAAAAUCCAGUCUUAAAUAAUAUUGAUGAUUUUAUACGUACAGAAAGAUGGUAUACAAUAUCGGCAAUGUACAGUUACCCUAUAUUACGUGCGCCACUCAGUAUGUGUCGAUUUUCCACUCUGCAAAAUAAUAGCUUCGUAAGAACCUAUCACACAAAUUUGUACAAGACUGCAGCAUAAGCUACCCAUUUUCGCUUGAAGGAGAAAGACAAAUUCGCUGAUCAAUUUGACUUUAAUUUUUUUUUAGGAAAAUAUUGCCACAUGUUUCUAUGCGUUCAUUGUCUAAAGGAAAAUGUUGCGUGCACACAAAAUGGCCAGUGUUGUAAAGGACAGUGUACUUACGGUCGAUGUAAGAAAGACGCAGCCCCAGGGGCACCUGGGACAUUUUGUGACCGACACGAUGAUUGUAAAGAUCCACCAGGAACAUGCUGUGUGAGGUUUGUACAAAAAAUGUUUGAAAUUUUCUGACGUUUGAGAGACAUGGGACGAAUCAGAGUCAGAAAUUAUUAAUCUGACGGCACGGUUGAGAGGCGCGCGAGGGGUUGUGGGAUAGUUUCGAGCUAUUCAUGGCUUUUGUGAGAGGUUUGUACCAUUCUACGUUAGCUCAGUCGUCGUGAUCGUUUUCGUUUUGUUGUAUAAAGUUUCUUUUCCGUUGUCUCAUAUUCUUUCGAGUUCAGAAUAACAUAUGUUUGGGUACUUUAUGUAUUUAUGCAUUUGGUCCUACGCUCUUUUGGAAUUACGUAGUUAUUUUUGCAGUAGUGUAUAACAUAACAACGUAUUUAGCCUUCUAUGUUUUCGCUUGAGCCUUCUCCCGGGGUUUUUGUGCCACUGCAUAAGUAGGGAUAUUUGUUUCCACAGAUUUUUUGGCCACUUCUCAAGGGUGUUUAACUGGUUUUUCGUGUCUGGCUACAUGUUCUAGCUUAGAAGAUAUGAUAGCGUUUUGCUAUAGCUAUUGCAUUGAAAUGACUUAACUAGGAUACGUUUUCAUCAGAUGACUAACCAACUUAUCCUAAAUAAACUUUUCAUUUAAUGCCUCGUGUUAGUGAAGUCAGAAUCUCAAUCUUCAAUGCAAUCGUAAAUGUACAGUGGAACCUCUAUUCAGAAGACAAAUAACUAGGGACCAAGGCAAGAGUCCCCUGAAAAGAGGUCUCCCAUGAAUGGAGGUUGGGCUGUGAGGUUUGUUAAUAAACCAAACAAACAAAUUAUUUUUUCCUUUAUUCUGCCUCGGAAUCUGCUACAGUCAUUAUUUCAAACAGCUAGAUAAUGUCUAAAACAAUCGCGAUAAAAUUAUCUCUACGAUGUUGUGUGUUGACUCCCACAAGUGCAAUACAUCGAUUUAAGUGAGAUUGUUCAUCUUUUGGAAGCUGUCGCCACAUUUUGUGACUAGUAAACAUUUAUAUUUAUCAAUGUGUACACUUAAAAUUAAAUUUAGGUGUCCCCUGAUUGGAGGUUAAACUUGGUUUUAAGUGUCCCAGAAGAAAGGUUGCACUGUAAAAUUUUUUUUCCCUGAGAAGGUAGACCAAGUUGCUAUAAAGUUUUGAGAUUGAGCCCUUUCGUAACAUUAACUGAAAAUGACCUUUCUAGUUAAAAUUAGGUUUAGAACAGUUUCAUAAUUAUUAUAAUGAUUAUGAUUUCUUUCUUCUCUUCUAUCGGAAAACCGAGGAAUUCUACCAUAAGCCUGCGGUCAGCAUACCUCAUUUCACCGCACUUUCACAAAUCCCUGUUUUGUCAUUAACUGGAAUUUGAAUAAUUAUGUAAUGAUAUGAUUUUUUUUUUAAUGAUAAUGGUGAGAUUUAUUUUUCUGUGAACAUCUAUUUCUCGUAGAGAACCAGCUAUUAACCCUCAUAUUUCGGUUUGCAAACCUCCUUUGGAGGAAAACAUGGUAUGUGGCCCAAUCAAUUACUUUAAAAACGUCUACAUCGGAGCUCAAGUCCAACAAGCGUGUGGGCCAUGCAAGGCGGGACUGGUUUGUAAACAAGUUGGGUAAGUUUUUUUUGCUUUUUUUGCUUUUCUUUGCUUUGUUUUAGAAAACGAAAAUCUCAAACGCGCCGCAAGUGGCCUGUUCCAGGCCUUCAUGGUAGCUGAUGAGCGAGGUAAAUCCUACGCGGGGAAAACGAGGGGAAAAACGAGGGAAAUCUGAACGCCUGGAACAAGCUGCGCCUCAAGUUUCCAAAAAUCCUAAAGGAUGUCAGGAGCCCAUUACCCGGAGCCUCCAUACACACUGUAUUCUUGAGUCUGGCUUUGCUCGUAUCUUUUUAUUUUUAGAACAGUCUCAAGUUUCGAUUUCCCGCUUGUUUUCGCCUGCGUCCGCAAGUGAAACAAAAAAAAAAAUGGCGGCGAAAGCGAAAGGACGCUGAUGUCCUUUUCGAGUAAACCCUUUUUCCGAUAUUCUUGCAAGUUCGGUCCACUAUUACUCAUUUCCAACCCAGGAAACCUGAUAACCUUUAAGAAAUGUUGAUAAAUAACUCCCCUGAACUUCAGCUUUGGAUUUUUUUCUUUUUUCGAUACGAGCCAUCUUGAUCAGGCACUGUUAUAGCUUCAGAUGAACAGCCCUUAGUAAUGUAAGCUUUGCAAUCAAUCAAUCAAUCAAUCAAUCAAUCAAUCAAUCAAUCAAUCAACAAUCAUAUCUUGUUUUCAAUUCGGAUUUUAGAAUAGCAUAUCUGAUAGCAUCUCCGAAAGAGAAAUAAUUAUAAAUAAAAUGAAAUGAAAAUAGAAAUAGUAGAAUUAAAACACAUGCCAUAUAGACAUCAGUUACACACCUAUGUAAUACAUACAACUAUUUUUUAAAAGUUUUAAACUGUUUUAUACAUCGUUUGAAAGUAUUUAGAUCAGGAGCGCGUCUCGUUUCAUCGGGCAGAAAAUUCCUGGUGGAAAUAGCUAAGUACUGAAAAGUGUUUAGUCCAAAAGUAGUAGUGGCCAUCUUCCGCACAAGGUUUAGAGCAAUGGGGGACUCUGGGUGAUGGGCUCCUGACGAUGUCCAUCAUGAUAGCCUGGAACAGCCGACAUUUCGCGACGUGGAACAAACGCAGAAUUUUUACACUGAUGACGCAGCGCUAAGUAGAUCUGGGUUCAUAAUGUUUCUAAAUUGAUUGAAGCAAAUUUUUAACCAAUCAGAAGCACUUUGUUGCUGGUCCCUUGGACAUGAGAUUGUUAUAUCGAGGUUCCGCCUAAGUCCCCGUGUUUUUAAGAUUUAUCAGUGAGAGUGGACCGUCCUUGUGCUUGCCGAAUGGCGAGUCAGACCAAGAUGCUACAUGAAUAUAACCUAACUCUGGUAUCUCUUUCAUUAAAACGCACUAAUAUAAGAAUACUUUGUACUGGAAUGUGAAUAAUAUUUAUUUUUGUUUUGCUUUUGUUUUUUUCUCGUAGAAUAUUUGGUGUACAUGAGAUUUGUGUAAAGGAAGAUGACAAGAAAUGAUGUGAAGAAGACAGGACAUCGUUUGUCCUUUAACGGUACAGAGAAGCCAAUCUAUCAGUCUCAGUAAUUUUCGUCUUUUGUCGGAAUUCACGGCUUUGAAGACUAUAAACCGUCAAGUAGUUUUACAACUGAGAAUGUAAGAACAUAUCUGAAAUAACUGUAUGGCCAACUGUAUAAAUCUUUAAAUGCUAUAUACAAAGAUUGGUAGGCUGAAGAAAAAGCAGAAUCAGUGAAG